AUGGCCGAGCAGAACGACCCCAACUCGGUGACGAUCAUGGUCCCCUCCAAGGACCCGGAGAAGAAGGAGGACCUCACACCCAAGCACAGCAAGGGCAAGGAGCCCGAGGACAAGGACGUGCCCGAUAUUUCUGAGGAGGACCUGCAGCUCAAGGCAGAGCUCGAAAUGCUUGUUGAGCGUCUCAAGGAACCGGAUACUACCCUCUACCUUCCCGCGCUCGAGUCGCUGCGCACCCUCAUCCGCACUUCAACGUCGUCUAUGACUAGCGUGCCCAAGCCGCUCAAGUUCCUGCGACCACACUACGAGGACAUGGGCAAGGUUCGCGAUAGCUGGCCCGCCGAGCUCAAGGAGCAGCGUGCACUGCUCGCGUCCAUCCUCUCUGUCCUUGCCAUGACAUACUCAGACACGGGGCGGCGCGACACGCUCUACUACCGCCUCAUCUCUGGGUCCGAGGAGGGUCCUGGGACAUGGGGCCACGAGUACGUCCGCCACCUGGCGGCCGAACUGGGCGAGGAGUAUAUCAACCUCACUGAGGGGGGAGCCGAGGCGAACGGCGAGAGCAACGGCGACGAGGCGGAUGUCAAGCACAAGCGCGACUACACCGCCGAGCAGCUGCGCGGACUCGGCCUCGAACUCGUCGACUUCUUCCUCAAGCACAACGCCGAGGUCGACGCCGUCGACCUCUGCCUCGAGCUCGAGUGCACCCCCGCCCUAGAGGGCAAGGUCGACGACAAGACGUACCCUCGCGUGUGCCAGUACAUGGUCCAGGCCGUCCCACUCCUUGUUCCCCCAGACGACGAGGUCUUCCUCCGCACCGCCGCUGCCAUCUACUCCAAGCACGACCGUCUGCCCGAGGCCAUGGCUCUGGCGAUCCGUCUCCACGACCGCCGCCUGAUCCGCAAGUACUUCGAGGCGCCCGUCAACCUCACUAUGAAGAAGCAGCUCGCAUACCUUAUGGCGCGCGCGUGCGUUCCCAUCCACUGGGUCACGUACGCCGACUAUAUGGACGAGCACCCCGAAGGCGACGAGUGGGGACCUGUGCCUGAGGACAUCAGCGGCUCCGAACUCGGCAUUUGCUUGCACAACCAGGACCUCUCUGCGCACUUCCGCAGCUUCGGCAAGGCGGUCGGUGUCGAGGAGCCCAAGACGCCCGAGGACAUUUACAAGACACACCUCGAGACGGCGCACUAUUCCUCUGCGCGCGAGAACCUCGCCUCCGUGUUUGUCAACGCCUUUGUCAACGCCGGCUUUGGCAACGAGAAGCUCGUCGUCAAGGCGCCCGAGGGACAAUCGUUCAUAUACAAGCAAAAGGACCGCGGCAUGCUGUCAGGAGCAGCAAGUAUCGGCAUGAGCUUGCUGUGGGACCACGACGGUGGCAUCGACUACAUCGACAAGUACACGUACUCGCCCGAGGAGGACAUCAAAGCGGGCGCUUAUCUCGCUAUUGGUGUCCUGUACGCCAACACGCGGAGCAACCCCGACAUGGCGUGGGCGUUGCUGGAGGACCACGUCGACAACCCGAGCUCGCUCAUCAAGAUUGCGACCAUGAACGGCAUCGGCAUUGCGUACGCAGGCUCGGAGCGGCCGGGACUUUCCGAUAAGUUCUUGCCGUACAUUGCGGAGGAGUCGACGCCAAUCGACAUUGCUGCCAACGCCGCGCUCAACGUGGCAUUCGCCUUCGUCGGCUCGGGGAACGGCGACAUUGCGUCGACUAUCCUCCAGACGAUGAUGGAGCGCGAGGACUCGCAGCUCGACUCGGAAUGGGCUAUCUUCCUUGGCCUCGCGCUCGGCCUCAUCUUCCUCGGCCGCCAGGACGCCGCGGACGCGACCCUCGAGACCCUCAAGGUCAUCGAGCACCCGAUCGCGCGCUCCGCUGAGGUCCUCGUAGAGGUGUGCGCGUAUGCCGGCACUGGCAACGUGCUCAAGAUCCAGUCCAUGCUGCACACGUGCGCGGAGUCGCCGACGGAGAAGCCCAAGGUCGAGGCCGAGGAGGAGAUCGAGGAGACCGAGGGAGGGGACGUCGACAUGGAGAACUCCGGGCCAGCACCGGCAUUGCCAACACCUGCCGCUGCUGCCAUCGCUGCUGCCGAGGCUGACACUUCGGAGCCCGACACGCCACCAGUCAAGAAGGAUAUGAGGCAUCAGGCCAUGGCGGUUAUCGGUAUUGCGCUCAUCGCCAUGGGCGAGGACGUCGGUGCGGAGAUGGCGUUGCGCCAGUUCCAGCAUCUCAUGACGUACGGCGACCCGGUGAUCCGCAAGGCCGUGCCACUCGCGCUUGGUCUCAUCUCAGCCUCGAACCCUCAGCUCACCAUUCUUGACACCCUGUCCAAGUACUCGCACGACUCGGACCUCGACGUGGCGGUGAACGCGAUCUUUGCGAUGGGCCUCGUCGGCGCGGGAACGAACAACGCGCGCCUGGCGCAGAUGCUCCGCGGCCUCGCAACAUACUACGGCAAGGAGCCCGAUUGCCUGUUCAUGGUGCGCAUCGCGCAGGGCUUUGUCCACAUGGGCAAGGGCACGAUUGGCGUCAACCCCUUCUUCAACGACGGCCAGAUCCUGAACCGCAACGCCGUCGCCGGCCUCAUGGCGCUGAUCGUGUCGUUCACCGACGCACGCAAGUUCGUGCUCGGAAAGCACCACUGGCAGCUCUUCUGGAUCGCGCUCGCCAUGUUCCCCCAGUUCCUCAUCAUGGUCGACGAGAACGACCAAGAGAAGCCCGUGACCGUGCGCGUCGGACAAGCCAUCAACACGGUCGGCCUUGCCGGCACGCGCUCGGGCAUCUCGGGCUUCCAGACCCACCAGACGCCUGUGCGCGUCGGCACGACCGAGCGCGCAGAGAUGGGCACCAACGAGUUCUUCCCAUACUCGAGUGUCCUGGAGGGGCUGGUGUAUAUCCGGAAGAAUGAGGGGUACGACGCAGAGGACCAGUAG